AUGAUACUUAAAGUAUUUAAUCAAUUAGCAUAUCAUCCAUUAUUACUUGAUUUAACUAUUGAAGAAGGUUCACGUUUAAAAGUUAUUUAUGGUUCAUCAUAUAGUUUUCAUGCUGUUGAUCUUGAUACUAGUAAUCAAAUUGAUAUUUAUUUACUUUCACAAUUAAAUGAUUCAAUUGAACCACAUGCAAUUAUUGUUCUUUCAAAAACAAAUGGAAUACAACUUCUUCUUUGUUAUAAUACAUAUAUAAGUAAUGGUAAAGUAAUGGGAUGGGGAAAUAAAGCUAUUGAAAUACGAAAUUUUCAUUCAGCUACAUUAGAUGGAGUUUUUAUGCAUAAACGAGUGUAA